CUGCGUGUCGUGCCUUAUCUCUUAAACUCUUGUUGUAAAUCUAUUUCUCUCUCUUACCUCAACCGAGGAUUCUUUUCUCACGUGGUGGUUAAAAGAUAAAAGAUUCGAAGUCCGUUCGAGGGAAUCUAAAGGAAUGGAGAUAGCCCGAAGUCCAAAUGCCUGGAAUUGGAACUAUGUUCCUACCUAAAUAGUUAAAUUCUAGGUACGAACCUCAGGUCAACUAGAAUUUAAUGAUAUAUGGAUCUUGGCCCAUUAAGAGAAUCUCUAGGAGAAUCUCCGAAUCAACAUUGAGGGUUGUUGGUUUUUUAAAAUAGUGGGAAAUAAUUAAUUAAAGGCCUAAUUAAUUAUUCAACAUGAUAGUUACCUAGUUUGCCAUUUCAUUCUGUAGAUGGCAUCAAAUAACACAUACAGUCAUUCCAUCAACCUGCGGUAUAUCCUCGAGAGCCAAAAACUCUCUUGGGAAAACUUUCUUGACUGGGAAAAGAACCUACGAAUCAUUCUUGACUAUGAGAGGAAACUUUACAUCCUCGAAACGGAUCCUCCCAAGACCCCUAAGGCAAAUGCUCGUGCGUCCGAACUCACUUCCUUCAAGAAGUAUGAGGACGACGCGCGAGAUGUUAAGUGUAUCAUUAUGGCAAGUAUGACCACGGAGCUCCAAAGGCUCCACGCGGACAUGGAAGCGCGUCCUAUGAUACAUCGCUUAAGAGACCUAUUACACGGUCACCCCAAAAACUCGGAAUUUGCAUGAAGUUAGACAUUUGACUGAGGGAGAAGUCCAGCUUAAGGUCGGAAACGGAGCACUUGUCAAUGCGCUGGCUGUAGGAACUUAUGUUCUAUCUCUCCCCAGUGGCUUGUUGUUGCAUUUAAACAAUUGCUUGUUUGUACCUGCCAUUAGCAGGAAUAUCAUUUCUGUGUCCUGUCUUGACAAAGCAAGAUUUUCUAUUAACGUCAAAGACAAGUGCCUUUCGGUUUUCAGAAAUGAUAUUUACUAUGCAACUGCUAAGAUGACCAAUGGUCUUUAUAUCUUAGACUUAGACGCCACUGUUUAUAACGUAGAUGUUAAGAGAAGCAAACCAAACAGUUUGAAUCUCACAUACCUUUGGCAUUGUCGUUUGGGCCACAUUAACGAGAAACGCAUAUCUAAGUUACGUC